AUGUAUAGCGCUUACGGAAGAAACAUCGCAAAAAAAUACGCGCCAAGAUACGCACAACAAAAUAGAUUAUUUCAUAACAUGAAUGGUAACGGUAACGGCACUGAAAAUCCAGAAAUUCUUAAAGGAGUAAAAGGAAAUAUUAGUUUGAUAUUUACAACUCUUGGUUUAGUUGGAGGGGGUGGGGUUGGAUUGAUUCACAUUAUUAGAGGUGAAAUUAAAGAAGCGCUUAAACCUCUCGAAACAAAGAUUGACAUGAUGGACAAAAGAUUGGAAAGAUUAGAAAAUCAUUUCUAUAAAUUUUCCGAAGAUAUGGGACAUAUAAAAGCACUCUUAACGAAAUAA